GACCGCCGAUCCGCAAUCUCCACAGUGCAUAUUUCACAUUUCCAUUAUACCGUAUGAAUCUGUUAGACGGUCGGUGGUAGUCUCGGCGCCGGACGGUUUCAAUCAUAAUCAAAUCUCGAGAGCUUGAUGGGAGCUGGGUGGGGACGGUGGUCCAAAUUAGCCGCUGUAGUGGCGGCGGUGGCCAUUCUGAGAGAAUUGGGGAAGCGAUACGGAUGGGAAAUUGACAAAGAAGCGUCUCUCAAGGUGUUCAGCCAAUGGUCUGAUCGAUUGGGGGUAUGGGCCAUGCCUGCGUAUGUCGGCAUCCAUACCUUCACGCUUGCUCUCUGUUUGCCUUACGCCGUCUUCUUCGAAGCCACUGCUUCUUUGCUCUUCGGUUUCUUCCCUGCCGUGAUUUGCGUUUUCUCUGCCAAGGUUCUUGGGGCUUCCCUCUCCUUCUGGAUCGGCAGGUUACUUUUUAGGAAGUCAAGUUCAGCCAUGGAGUGGGCUCAGAGGAAUAAAUAUUUCCAUCUUCUUUCUAGAGGAGUAGAGCAAGAUGGUUGGAAAUUUGUCCUUCUUGCUCGCUUUUCACCGAUUCCCUCAUACGUUAUAAAUUAUGCUCUUGCUGCAACCAAAGUUGGUUUCUUUCUUGAUUUUCUUCUGCCAACUGUAAUUGGAUGCAUGCCAAUGAUACUUCAGAACACAUCGAUUGGCAGUCUUGCCGGUGCUGCGGUUGCUUCAGCGUCGGGCUCUCAGAAAUCUCAGAUAUGGUCAUACAUUUUCCCCAUACUUGGUAUCGGGUCAAGCAUUCUAAUUUCCUGGAGGAUUAAGAAGUACUCUAGUGGACUCAAAAUGGCCGAAAGUUCUAGUGUUGCAGGGAAUGAUAAUGUUGACCCAUCCAAAAUCAAGAAUUCUAAGAAAACUCAAUAAUUCUUAGUAACAGCCAGAUAAGUUACUUAAACGUUUAGAUGAUAUACUUUCAUUCAUGAUUUGUAUACCCUGGACCAGUGUCCAUGACAUGCUUAGUUUUUCUUUUCUUUCUCGAGAAAUUAUUAGAUUUAUGGCAUAUCCUUGUCUCAUAA